UAAUUUAUCGUAUGUUUUUGGAUUAUUAUAUUGACACAGGUGAAUUAGCAUUCUUGGAUACUAUUGAGAGUAUACAACUCGAUGAAACUUCACCCGUAUCAAUUAAGUUUUUGUCAAGAUAUCGAUUAUUUCACGCACUAAAACAGAAUGGAGAAAUACGAAGAGCUGGUGCAAUAUUGAUGGAAUUACUAAGAGCUCAGGUUGCACCGAUAAGUUUUUGGCCAGUUUUAUUGCUUAAUGCACUACCAUUAUUACAAGAAGGAAAAGCACGCAAAAUGAUAAUCUUUAGCACUCAAGACACAUUAGAAAUUUUAAGAAAUUUGCAAGAUAUUACGUCAUUCGUAUAUCAAGAAGAAUGUUUGUCGUGUAUUGAACGAUUAAAGAAAUGGCAUACUCAAGAAAAUGGUUAUCCAGAAUUAGAUACAAAUUUAACGGCUUUAAGAUUAGCUCUUUUACAAAAUUCAGCAGAUUGUUACAUUGAGAAUUCGUCAUCACCUUGGAUGUUUGAGUAA